CGCACAGAGCGGGAGAGGAGAGAAGAGAGAGGGAAGCAGCAGAAAGAGAAGAGGACGUGGAGAGGAUGCAAUGAGCCUCCCACUAUAGUCGCAGUCCACCGGCGGACUGCAGGACUACAAACUGAAGGACUCCAAAUUCUCACAUCCCUCCCUCUUUCUCCUCUCCUAUUCUUUAAGAGGCAGACUUAUAUUCAUCUUUUUUUGCUGAGUUUCUAUCCAAGAGGACUUCCAUCUGUCAGGUGCACACUGAAGGCACAGGUUCAGCACCAGGAGCUGUCCGGUGCUGAACUUGCUUUCGGAAGGAGCCAGCAGAGGAAUUUCCCUACAGUCUUCCAAAUCUCCAAGCAAAGGUCACGCUGGACAGGCUGGACCGCUGUGUUUGGGUGUGUGUGGACUUGUGUGUCUGAGCGUGUGUGUGUUUUGCACAACCAUGCCGAGGUCUUUCCUGGUGAAAAAGGUGAAACUGGAUGAUUUCUCCACCGGGUCUGAUUUGGAGCACGCAUACCGGCCCAGGACAGCGCUCAGUUUGCGGCUCCAUGACAAAGCAGGUUACAUCAGCGACUACAUCAGCCCGUCUGUGUACGAUGGCGAGAGUGACGGCGGGAUCAAGGUGCCCUCCCCGGACCCCCUCUACGAUGGCAUCCACAGUGACUACGGGGCCCCGGAUUCGGAGUCCCCGGACAGCCCGGGCUCGGAACUCACCGACGGCUACAUCAACGGCGACGCCGCCGUCAGCGAAGGCUACACAGUGGACGCCUUCUUCAUCACAGACGGCCGCUCGAGGAGGAAAGCCAUGGGCAGCCCUCGCAGCAUCCAGAGGCACACGUGCAACGAGUGCGGCAAGACCUACGCCACCUCGUCCAACUUGAGCCGGCACAAACAGACGCACCGCUCGCUGGACAGCAAGCUGGCCAAAAAAUGCCCCACCUGCGGCAAAGUGUACGUGUCCAUGCCCGCCAUGGCCAUGCACCUGCUCACGCACGACCUCAAACACAAGUGCGACGUGUGCGGCAAAGCGUUCAGCCGGCCGUGGCUCCUGCAGGGCCACAUGCGCUCCCAUACGGGCGAGAAGCCCUUCGGGUGCGCCCAGUGCGGGAAGGCCUUCGCAGACCGCUCGAACCUGCGUGCUCACAUGCAGACCCACUCCACCUUCAAACACUUCAAGUGCAAACGCUGCGACAAGACCUUCGCGCUCAAGAGUUACCUGAACAAGCACUACGAGUCGGCCUGCUUCAAAGGCCCCUUCUCCCCUCUCGGGCCACUUGAUGCAUGACCCCGCCCACUUCCCUCCCUCCCUUGCAAAAACAAACUAAUCCACUCCUGCAAACUGUUUUUCUUCAGACCUCUCUCUCUCUCUCUCUCUCUCUCUCUCUCGCUCUUCCACGCUCACAUUGUGCACCUCGCUUUCCCCUGGAGCCAAUUAACGCUGAUGAAGAUAGCACAAUUUUUCCCACCUUGACAUCAAGGACUGGACUGUUUUACGCAUGCACUUCCAGACAAAAACAAACUGUUCACCUCUUCUUUCUGCUCUGUACAGAGGCAAUAGUAAUACCACUGAUAGGAAUAUAGCUUCUAUCUAUACAUGGAUUAUGAUGAUGAGGAUGACACGGAGCUAACGGCUGGCUUCCUCUCUGCACUAUGACGCUUACAACCUUUUUUUUGGAGGAAUACUAGUAAUAAUUAUAGUAAUGAUGAUAAUAAUGCACCAAGUGACCAUAUUCUCUCCACUACUGAGGAAAAACAUUUUUGUUAUUAUUUAUUUAUCUAUUUAUUUAUUAUGAAUGUGUUUUUUAUUUUCCAUUUGUGUAUUUUUUUAAUCACAACAGGCCAAAGCAUAUGCCACUUUUUUGUGCUAUUUUUUUCUGUUUUUUUUUUUUUCCCCCACAAAUUGCAUGCAAAAACACACAAAAAAACUAUGCCAACAUAUAAAUUCUAUACAUAGAACCGAGGGGCAAUAUUUUUCUCUUGGCGCCUCUGUAGGACUUUUUUCGAAGCAAUAAUCACACUAAUGCAUGGUAUUUUAUGAAGUAUUACCUACUACUGUAUAGCAGUUUGAAAAAUCAGGUAUGUUUUACUUCACCUAUAGUCAAUAAAACAGAAAAAAGCAAAUAUUACAGACAUCAGGGAUAAUGCCAAUGUAGUGUUAGCGAAAGAAAAAAAAAAAGAAAAGAAAAACGUAUUUUCCUCUGGUGUUAUGCACUGCCUGCCUCUUAGUGAGUAGAACUAAUGUAGGGUUUUAGGGAAGAGAGCUGGGAUCGGCCGCCUUGCUGCAUAAAAAAAAAAAAAACAGUACAAUCCUAAUAUAUAAAAGUAUAAAAAUACAAAAUUAAAAAAAACACCCCUGCGGUGAUCUGCAGGUGCAUGAAUCUGAAGUGAAGGUUCAGCAAGUUGGAUGUUGCACUGUGGUCAAGUUGAAAUGCAAUGCAUUAUUCAACCGCACUUCCUUUUAAACCAUAAAGCGUGCAUUCUUAGACUGCGGAGAAAAAGCAUGCACUUAUAUAGCUGGAUGGUCUUGCACCUUCAAGGUCACACUUCUUUUACAUCAGUCAAAGCCAUACAUUCCCAGUGAUUCAGUAGAUGAUGCUAUAGAGAACAAUGCACAUGGCCGAUUGCAGUGCGGCUGAGGCCAGCUCUCUAACCCCCACCAAAAAACAACAACAUCCAAUGCAGAUUCCUGGAGCUUCCCUGGAGACACACGGAGAACAUACGCACAAUAAUAAAAAAAAAAGAUUGCCGUUAUGUAAGCUUGCAUAGCCACACACUCCGAGAACAUCUGUCCGAUUAAACGCCUCACAUCCCUUUUCCAACAAUUGGAGAAUAAUAGGUUUGAUAUGAACAAGAGAUUCUCUCACAAAGAACGUGUGAUAAUUGCAGCACUUCCUCAGGCGUGUUUAACCUUUAUUUCAUCCGAGAUGAAGAGUUUAGAAUUCAAUCGGUGAUUCAGCUGAAUGUUUUUUUUAGGGGUUCUAAGGACAAAAGCAAUGAUGGCCUACUUUCACCUUCAUCUCAGACAUAAAGUAACACAAACACAUCUGAGGAGGUUGUGAAGGCGGCAGUUUUGUACAGAUGUGUUAUGUUGCCCAUGUGAUCUUGAGCCUUUGAAAAAUGAGCCUCAAAUGCACUGCAAAUGUUUUAUCCAGGACUUAAAAAUAUACAUACACUUGUAAAGAACAUAAUGUCAUGGCUGUCUUGAGUUUCCAAUAAUUUCUACAGCUCUUAUUUUUUGUGAUAGAGUGAUUGGAGCACACACUUCUUUGUCACAAAAAAACAUUAAUGAAGUUUGGUUCUUUUAUAAUUUUAUUAUAGGUCUACUGAAAAUGUGACCAAAGCAGCUGGGUCAAAAGUAUACAUACAGCAAUGUUAAUAUUUGGUUACAUAUGCAAUAAGGCGCUUUUGGUAGCCAUCCACAAGCUUCUGGUUGAAUUAUUGACCACUACUCUUGGCAAAAUUGGUGCAGUUCUGCUAAAUGUGUUGUUUUUUUGACAUGGAUUUGUUUCUUCAGCAUUGUCCACACAUUUAAGUCAGGAUUUUGGGAAGGCCAUCCUCAAACCUUAAUUCUAGCCUGAUUUAGCCAUUCCUUUACCACUUUUGACAGGUGUUUGGGGUCAUUGUCCUGUUGGAACACCCAACUGCGUCCAAGACCCAACCUCUGGGCUGAUGAAUUCAGGUUGUCCUGAAGAAUUUGGAGGUAAUCCUCCUUUUUCAUUGUCCCAUUUACUCUCUGUAAAGCACAAGUUUCAUUGGCAGCAAUGAAUUGAUUAACGUGGACCCCAACUUAAACAAGUUGAAAAACUUAUUUGGGUGUUACCAUUUAGUGGUCAAUUGUAUGGAAUAUAUACUGUACUGUGCAAUCUACUAAUAAAAGUUUCAAUCAAUCAAUCAAGCAAAACAGGCCCAAAUCAUAAUACUACCACCACCAUGCUUGACGGUGGGAAUGGUGUUCCUGGGAUUGA